UCGACAUUAUGACAGAUGAUUAUAAAUGUCGUUGUAACGACAUUUGCCCACAUAUGAAAUUGAAAAACCAUAAGGUUUAAAAAAACCAAGCUGCAGAUAGCUGCAAGAGGAGACAGGGUUGGAUACGCACGCAUGGCCACCGUCCACUCGGUGGGGCCCGUUCAGCCCCGUUUGCGGGAUAUCCCCGUCAGUCUUCCGCUUAUAUUAUUCCAGUCAAGUUUUACUCCACAACACAAUGUAAUUCAGUGUCUGUUUGACUUUACCUCGCUGCACAUUAGAUGCCCGAUACCCCACAACCACAAUUGAUUAAUCAACCCCCCGUGAACCCCUGAAACCCCAAUAAAUCCAGUGAGAAAAAUGUGAAAUUUUCAACAAAACAAAACUUCACUUUGAUCUUCCGAAAAAAAUGAAAUCCAGUGACCCCAAUGAUUAUUCACGUGGAAUAUAAUUUUCAAACUGCCGAGACCCACGAUAUCAAUCGAAAAGGAUCGAUCGCAGCGCGGGAAGGAUUCGUCCUUUCGAAUUUUAAUGUUAAAAGGAGGAAAGUUGUUAUCGAGUGAAGUAACGAUAGAAAAAUGUUCAAAACUGUGAGAAUAAAUUUUUUAUUAUCAUUGAUAAUCAUCGAAGUGAGUUGUGAGCAGAGAUUUCUGGAGACUCCAGUUCCCUAUCAAGAAGUCGGCACCGGUGAGGACGUCGUCCUCACCUGCCGAGUUGACAAUAAGCGGGGUCAGUGCAUAUGGCAGAAGGAUGGAAAACCCAUUGGCAUACAUGCGGAGAAAUACGAGUGGGCCACUGUCCGGAGUAACAGCGUCAGUGAUGCUGAUUGUAGUCUCCUAAUUAAGCGCGCCUCCCUCGAAUUCGACGAUGGCUAUUGGGAGUGUCAGGUAUCACCUGGUGAUUUCACCAGACAAGAUGCUCUCACAUCACUGCCAUCCCGACUUCUAGUGCGUGUUAAGCCGAGAAAACCUAGGCUUGAGUAUGGGGGUGCAGUAUUGACGGGAUCUCUUACGCUUAAGGAGGCACAAGAGGUCACCAUUUCCUGUGUAUCUCGCUAUGGCAAUCCACCAGCACUUAUUAAAUGGUUCAUAGGGGGUGACGAGGUGGAACCGCUGAGGGAGCAGACUAAUGCGACUGAGGUGGACAGUCCUAAAACAUGGGCAGCCCACAGUCUUCUAAGGAUUCGAGGACAACGGGAGAAUCACGGGAUGCCCAUCAGGUGCCUCAGCCUCCACUCCUCCAGUCCUCUGCCUGCUAUUGCCGAAUGUAGACUCGACGUUCAUUAUUCUCCGGAAGUGCGCAUUGAGACAAGCCCCCGAGUGCUGUCAUCUUCCCUAGAAGACUCCUCAAGUUUCAUGAGCAUCAGAUGUCUCGCUGACGCAAAUCCACCGGCAACAAUCAGAUGGUACAAGGACAUGACCAAUUUAGCGAAGAAUAACCAAGUGGGGCCCAUGACAAAUAGUUCCACUCUGAGUCCUUUUGUAAAUGCCAGUGUCAGUGGCUCUGAGAUGCGAUUUGAACCUGUGAAGAGGGAGGACGCUGGAUUAUAUUCUUGCAAAGCAGUCAACGCUAUUGGAGAAAGUUCUCCAGCAAACUACAGACUCGAUGUUCAAUAUAUGCCGAGAUUGAAAAUGACCGGAAAAUUGAAUGAAACUCGAAGUGAGGUAGAAGCAAUAGCGCUUUUGUCAUCAACAGUGGAGGCUUUCGAGUGUGACGAAUUCGAAGCCAAUCCACCAGCCCGUUACAAAUGGCUGCAUGUGAGAGGAAGUAUUUCUGGGCCUGUCGAUAAUACAAUUGACGAGAAAUCUGGCGCAAAAGAUGGACGAGUAUUAAAAAUGAGGAAUGUCGUUUGGUCGGACGAGGGUGAAUACCGUUGUAUUGCAUUCAACACCAUCAAUGGGGUGCGACGAGAGAUGACGUCGGAAACGCGAUUUUUACUCCAGAUUUCCGGCCCACCAGAAAUUCAAACGAGCCCGACGGAUAAAUUCAUGGAGAAGGGUAUGUUCGAGUCGGUGGGGUGGACUGGAGAAGCGGGCCAUCGUCUCAUGGCGAGAUUCUGCUCAAGACCACCACCGAGACUCGUCGCAUGGCAGUGGGGGAGCUCUCACAUUCGUGCGGGUGAAAUCAUAGAGCCAAAGUAUGAAGCACUCGCCCUCGAGCCAAUAACCGAAAAUUCCGAAUUGACGAAUUGUUAUUGGGCAAAACUGGAGAUAAGAAAUCUGCAAAAAGAGGAUGCACGAGUUUACACUCUGUUGGUUGAGAGUGAAAAAGGACGAGAUUCGAUGAGCCUGAGACUGAUAGUGAGGGAUCCCACCGAAAUGAAGAUCAUAGCCAUCGCCUCAGGUGUGGGCCUUCUGUUACUCCUUGCAAUAAUUGCCCUGGUCAUUUAUUUAUUAUUGAGGGCCCGACAUCGGCGCUAUUGCAAGGACCGCGAGGAGGACGAUGAUGAAGAGGGGAGCAUCGCUGCUGACGCUUUCUACGCGACACCUGCCUCGAUAAAUCGGUCCCAAAAAAGUCAGGCGGCGCCCAAAGUCUAUACCAGGAAGCAUCAUUCCGAUGGAGGACUUGCUGUUAUGUACGAUUAUAAUCAAAUCGCGAGACAGACGCAGACCAUGAGCCCUGAAGCGCUGAAGGUUCGGAGGGCACCAGCGGUCCUUCAAGCGCCGACCAUUGUUUGAGGAGUUGUUGGUUGAUGAGGAAUUGGGACUAUUUAUCCUGAGAUGAUUGGCUUAUGAUAUCUUCGCAUACAUUCAGGACUGCAGGAAAGUAAUACCUGAAGAAAUAGCCGAUGAGAUAAACUGGGAAAAUUUUUCUAUCGGCAAAUAAUAAAAAAUAAGGAUUUUUUAAAAGCCAAUAACGUCCCUUAAAAACCGAUCAAGAGUAAUUAAAUCCACCGAUGCUCAGUUGAUUGAAUUUAUUGUUUGUGUUUUGUUUUGUACACUAAUUUAUUUAGAUUUAAAAAAAUACCAAAUACUGGAGAGAAUGAGAGAGAGAGAGAAAGUGAAGAGGGCAUUUCCAUUUCGUAUUCAUGUUUCAUGUAUUUAUAUUGAUUAUCACAUAUUUGAUUUCAUUAUUAUAAAUGUUUAAUUAUUAAAUGAUGUAUAUUAAUGAUGUAAUAAAUUGAUUGUGAAUUAUAACAACUGGAA